AUGGCUGUGGACAAAGACAAGCUUGAAGAAGACGCUUCCAUUGCCCGCUUCUACAAGAUUGUUCUUAUUCUUACCCCUGCGAAUGACAUGGAUGGCAAGAAAUCAGUAUCGCAGAAUGAUCUUUUGCUUCUUUCAAAUUCGAAUACAUAUGCAGUUAAACCACGUUUAAGGCUGUUAAACAUGAAGUCUUUGGUAACUUCUAGUAGUGAACGAGACAGGUUCUUUUACACUUGUAAGGUUCCAAAUAAGGACUUCGAUUCAUUUUUCAGUGAUGAGAAUAUGAAAUCGUUUGCAGUCAAGGAAGAAUCCUCGUCAACGGAGGCGGUUCGCAAUGAUGAUGUGGACAACUAUGCACCUUCCGACAAUCUUUGGGAUGUUGACCAAGCACAGGAAGAUGACAAUGACUUUGGAGUAGGCGACAUGGACAUGGACAUGGAUAAUGCAAGCUGCAGUGAUGAUUGA